ACACGCGCGCGCUCUGAUGGAAUAAUGGUGGAUGGCGCUGAACGCUAUUUUACAAGCAAGAAAGAAUAAGUUUCUUAGCAACACUCACCUACGCCUAAGCCAAGAUUGGGGCUUAAGACAAUUUCUUAUUGCCGUUAAAUAUGGAUAUGAAAGAAAAAGCACUAAAAUUUGUAUUUCCAUUUCUUUCUAUCGAGGCUACGGAGACUCAAAAUAUACCAUCAGUGGGGGAUGAGCUUGGAGCGGCAAAAGAAUUUUUCGAACAAAACUAUUCGAUAAGCUGGCAACUUCGCGAGACAGAGUGUCAAACUUACAGCCAUCUGGAAAAACAGUACAAGAAACUGAAACGGGAGCUUGAAAAGUCUCGUCAAGAAUACGAAAAUAUCAACUUAUUUCUCUCGGAAGAAAAAUACCAAUGGAUUCGAGAAAUGCAUGAAUUAGUUCAUGAGAAGAGCUCUUGUUUUGCUGAGGAAGGACCAUUUAAUGAAGUGGAGUAUUUUCUACAGUUUGCCGAAAGCGAGCUUGAUGCAAUUCUGAACGAGUGGCAAGAUAAACCAGCAGCUCAUGAUCUAACGAGUAAAACAGAGAAAGACUUAAAAGAGAUGAAAAUUGCUUUAGACAGAGCUAAAGAAAUAAAAGAAAAGUGCGAGGAAUUGAAACAAUGUAAGAUUUUGCUAGAGAAAGACCUCAAAAGGAGCGAAACUGGUGCUGACUGCAAAGAAAAAGGCAGGGAGGAACUCGAAAACGUAGAAAAACAACUGAACGAGCGUGGACGGAAUGAGGCCGCUGUGAAAGGAGAAUAUCAAGAUUUUCUGCUAAAAAAUUGUCAGGCUCUUAUUCAGGUGCACAAACCUUUACAUGAACUCAAGCAACAAAUAAUUAAAAAACGUAUUCAUGUCUCUGAUACGGAGAAACGUUUAAGCAGGAGUACAAUUGAUAUAGAUCACAUCCGAAAAGAGAUUGUCGGAAAUGUACGAAGAACAGAGAAGUUGCAAAAAGAGAACGCUGAGCUUGAGACCUUGGAGACUAGUUCCAGGAUGAGCUGUAAGGAGGUGGAAACUAAACUGGAGCAAGUAAGACCGCAGCCGCCAGAGGGAGAAGCCAACGAACACUGUGCACGGAAGAACAAGCUGGGAUUCGGUGGAGGAAGACUUCCUUGGGCUAGUAACAAGGAUGCUACUGUCAAAUGAAAACUAAUAAAAAUCCAAUUUGUUUGAAGAAUAAAA